CACAUGGGGCUUGGUUCGCGCGGCGAGCACCUGUUCUCCGCCGUUAUCGUCGGCUUUUCUCUCUCGCCAUCGCCUUUAGUUCGUUCCAUCAUCUUUCAUCCAAGCUUCAAGCUCACCGACAAGUUGCAAACCCCUCCCGAACCGAUCCUCGCAGCGCUUCAAGCCUUUGUGCAUUGCAGAGUACGUAUUUCCGCGCCUGUUAUUCGAUCCCUCGGCUCGGUCUUCCCCUGCGAUAUACGAACGGGGAAAACAAACCAAAAGACAACUCGAAAUCAAACGAAACGAAGCCAUACCCGAUUCUUCCCCCGGCCUUCCGAUCAAGAUGGUUCUCGGACGCCUCAGCCAUUACGCCCUGGACGCUGUCCUUAUCUCGACAAUCCUCGCCGGCAUGCGACGCUCGACUGGUCUCACUGUCAAGAGCGAACGCAUAACGGGCGACGGCAAUGGCGAGAUGAACAAAUGGGUCAACAAGUACCUCGGUGUAGGCGAGUGGGUGCUGGAUCAGUCGGUAGCAUUUGCCGGGACCAGCAAAUACUUUGAGCGCUCCCGAUAAUGUCGCCCACCAUCGCUCCGCCACACUCGAUCUCAAAUGACGGAAUGAAACGACGUCUUCUUGGGGAUAUGGGAUUCCUUAAAGCAUGGAUUGGGCAUCAAAGAUGAUGAAUGGAUGGAUACGAAGACGACGACCGAUCAUGCAUUACCUCAGUCACCCCUCUCAUCCCUUCCAUACCUUGACCGAUCCAUUUUCAUGAUAGCCACAUACUCGAGACAGGUCAGGAGAGCCGGUUCUCAUCGCAAGUCUCAAGUCUCUCAGGGAGAAUACCUGUCCUUUUCGGAGGAAACCGGCGAUCAAGACGAAAUGGAUCUCUUCUCGAGCCCACGCCUAUCAUACUCAAGCUCUCGAUACCUUCAUAUUUUUGCAUGCGAAUGAGUUUCUGCCUUGUUUGCUUCUGCUUUUCGCUCUCGAACGGGAACUGAAAUUCCGGUAAAUGGCGUUUGUGACGCGUUGGUUCUAGUUAAGUUAGAUAUGAGAAAGAUGUGUAAUGAAUAUAUAUAUUUAUGCUCAAGCCAUACUCAUUCCUGAAGAACCUCUGCGUUUCUUAUUUCUUUCCCCUCCCCACUCCUUCCCCGCCAACCCAGCAGGUAAUUAGCUGCUGCGCGACGGACGAAGGGGAUUACAGCGGCUUUUUAGUCUAGCCACAUCGUGAUUCGCGAUCUUUUACGUAUAUAGGUUGGUUAGUUAGGUAAAGAGCUAGCUGUAGCGUGGCAUCGGCAAAGCUCGGC